GACCUGAUCGGCAGUCCAUUUUCUGUCAUUGAAUCUGAUCCAGGUGUCUUCACUACACUCGUGCGUAAACUGGGCAUCAGUGGCCUCGAGGUUGUAGAACUCUACGCCAUAGAACCAUGGGCUGUCGAGAACCUCAACCCACAUGGCCUCAUAUUUUGCUUCUUAUGGCGAAAGGACACCCACCGUGCGGGCGACUUCGAGGACCCUGCUGCGGAACAGGUUUGGUUCGCAAAUCAGCUGAGCGACGAUUCCUGCGCUUCACUUGCCAUCUUAAACGUUCUGCUCAACUGCCCGGAGUGCAAUGUUGGUCAAGAUUUGAUUGACUUCAAGACUGACACGCAGAAGAUGUCGUCCGUUAUGAAAGGUCUCGCCAUCUCUAACUCUCGCUUCGUUCGUGACGCGCACAACAGUCUCUCUCGCCCCGCGGACCUGCGCAGUGCCCUGAAUGCGAUAGCAACCACCACGGUCGAAGAGCACAAGUCAUCUCAGUCUAAAAUUAACAAGCCGCACCCUGCGAAGCGACGCAAAACUACAGCGUCCACAAACGCUCGUGUGAGUCAGCAGAAGGCAACGUCAUCUGAAACCCAAGAAGAGGUUUAUCACUUCAUUGGCUAUGUUCCCGCGCACGGCAAGGUUUGGGAGCUUGAUGGACUAAAGUCUGGUCCCCUCGAGGUCGGCGAGCUCCCUGAGGACUCCACUGCAGAGAGCUGGAUGGACGUAGUCCGUCCUGCACUGCGAAUGAAGAUGGAGAAGUACGGGGUUGACGCAGGUGGCGAAGCGAACAUCCGCUUCAAUCUUCUCGCGCUGGUUGAUGAUAGAUACCAGGUUGCCAGCGAUGAAUACGAGCUUUUGUUUCGCAAAAAGUCUUGCUUGGAGAAACGCUUGGACGAGCAAUUUUCCACCAGCUGGAGGGAAGAGUUUGGGGCGGAUUCGGACGCUGCGGGCGGGGAGCGUGGCCCUACGUUUUCGCCGGACUUCGGUUUGCGAAAUCUUGAGCAGGGUAGGGCCAUACUCGACAUGACCCCUCAGGACUUGAAGAGUAGUUGGGCCGAAUGCCAGACAAAGCUUUUAUCAGCGAAGAUGGCAGUAGAGGACGAAUUUAGAAGCGCGAAGGCAGCGAAUACCGACGCAAUCAAGAGAACUCACGACUAUGAGCCUUUCAUACGCGAGUUUAUCACCUGUCUACAUAACGAGGGGCUGUUGGAUGCCUUGAUUUGA